UCCUACUGUCAGUUCUCUAGUGCAGGUGCAGCUGAUGGGGUUUUAGAGAUUUCAAAGAUAACGAUGCUGAGCUCGUUCCCACCUCCCCGGCCGACGGAGUCGAUCCACCAUCGUCUAAUCGAGUUCGUGAAAACUGCCCUCAUCAACAUCUUCGUCUCCCCUUACGCCACCGUGUGUGAUUUGUAUUGUGGGAAAGUGCCAGAUGAGGCAAAGUGGGAUGAAGCUCAGAUUGGUCACUACAUUGGCAUUGAUGUGGCUACGUCUGGAGUUAGUGAAGUGCGGGAAGCAUGGGAGAGUCGACGCAAGGCUUACACUUCCGAGUUUCUCGAAUUUGAUCCUUGCAUUGAAGAGGUAGACUUGUACUGGAAGAACAAGGAAAACCAGGCUGAUAUUGUUUUCUGCAUGCAGCAUUUGCCGUUAUGUGUUGAAACUGAGGAGAAAGUCAGGAGACUGUUGCAUAACGUCUCAUCUCUGCUGAAGCCCGGAGGUUAUUUUCUUGGUAUUACUCCGGACUCAUCUACAAUAUGGUCUAAGUACCAGAAAAAUGUUGAAGCAUACCACAAUAAGAGUGCUGGAAUGAAGCCCAACAUCUUUCCAAACUGCAUUAGAUCUGAGAGCUACAUGAUCACUUUUGAAGUUGAGGAAGAGAAGUUUCCGUUUUUUGGUAAAAAGUACCAGCUGAAAUUUGCGGGUGACAUGUCUGCUGAAACUCAUUGCCUGGUACAUUUCCCGAGCUUGAUCAGGUUAGCUAGAGAGGCUGGUCUUGAGUACGUGGAGAUACAAAACUUGACUGAAUUUUAUGAUGACAAUAGGUUGAUCAAAGGGGAAGACUUCUUCAGAGAUCAUACGAUGUUUUAGGUCUAUACACCACAUUCAUCUUUCAAAAACCAGAUCCAGAUAUUGCCCCUCCUCUCAUGACGCCAUUGUUGGAAGAUGCAAGCCACAAUCACGAUGAGGCUCCUCUGAUGCCACAGAGAGAUUGGCAAGUGGUUGGCUGGAGAGAAGAUGACAAGAAUGUGCAGCCAGAGCCAAGCUCAGGGCUGGGUAAGAUAACCGAGCAGAAAGGCAUAUUAGGUCCUGGUCCAGCAGAGCUUCGCUUUCCAGAAGCUCUUUGAACAUGCAGAAGGGAACCGGUGAGGUCUUGACUUGGUUCCUCUAAAAACCACUAACAUUUCUCAUAUUUAUCAAAACCACUCACACAUUUACUGAUUGUAUAUACAUGUGUUAUUUACAUAAUUCUGGUGCCACACAUUUCAUUGAAUGCUUAUACAUUGUCUCAGCAUUCAUAAACUUGCCUUAGUUUGCUUCCACUGUUGUGGCUUUGCUGACGAGAAUCGUUCUUUCUGAUUAGUGCUGUUUAGUGUAUCA